AUGUGUUCACCGACGUCCUCACUAGACUACCCCUCAAAACCCUCAUCCGGUGCGCUUGUGUCUGCAAAUCAUGGUGCUCUUUGGUCACAAACCCUACACCUCAAGCGAUCAUCUCUUGCCAACAACAACCACCAAAUGUUCGAUGAUUAUACAGUUGCUGAUAAGCUUCCACGGAACGGCCACGGGGAAGAUAACUUCAGGAUUAUAGGUUGCUGCAAUGGGGUACUAUGCCUUUCCGAUGAUCUCCACUAUUAUCAGGAGAAGCUUUAUCUAUGGAAUCCGUCGAUUCAGAAUCUGAUGACGCUUCCGCCAUUGCGCGUCACCUUUCAAACACACGGUGCUUUAUUUCACAGCAUCGGAUUUGGCUUUGAUUCCCCGACUAAUGACUACAAAGUUGUCAGGAUUGUGUAUGCUGACUUACUCCCAGACAUUCGAUUUCGAACUCUUCCCGAGGUUGACAUUUUCAGUCUGAGCACAGGCACAUGGCGGAACAUCACCCAUUUGGGUCCUCCACAUACCAUCUACGACCGCUCUCCCCAGGCUUAUCUGAAGGGGGCUGCACAUUGGCUUGCUUACGAUCGGAAAAGCAUGAACAAUCUCCAACACUUGAUCGUGUCGUUCCACAUGGGUGAUGAGGAAUUUGGCGAGAUCAUGGCGCCUGGUUGCAUUUUUUAUGACAAGGGAGGAAAUGUUCGGGUUGCUGAGUUUCGAGAAUCACUCUCUCUGAUUGUUGGUCGUUGGGACAAAGGUACUUGUUGCAUAUGGGUGAUGAAGGAGUAUGGCAUGUCGGAGUCUUGGACUAAUCUAUUCAAUAUUGAUGUGAGUGGAGAAUCAAUCAAUUGUUUAGUUGGGUUUACAGGGAAAGGCGGAGUUCUAUCUGGGACAAGAUUUGGGUAUCUGGUCGCUUAUGAUCCCGAAAUCAAACUAGCAACGCAUAUUCCUAUUCUUGGAUCUACUACAGAUGUGGACGUUCAUGGGGACGCAUUUGAUUUAUAUACUUAUACAGAGAACCUAGUUUUACUUGGAUCAAAAUUUCGUGAUAAAGUCACUUGUGAGGAAUCAUCUGUUUCGAGUGGAGAAGUGAGUGGAGCUAAGAAAUCCAGGAAAAUAAGAGUAAAACCUGAGAAGAGAAGAAAGAAGAGGCGAGGUGCAUGA